AUGCCAUCAAGCGGUGCAUCUGCUCGCGUUGCUCAAGACUUGCUCAAUGCUACAACCCUCACUGAAGCACGCAAGCAAGAACAAUUCCUCACAAAGAUAGAGCACAAGAUGCUCCUCCUUGAAGCAACGAGAUCAGGCGAUUCUCGUCUCAUCAAAGCACAAAAGGAAGCAGCACGUAUUGCAAAGAAGCGAAAGCCGAAACCUUUCUCUGCACGUGAAUGUAAAAAGUCCGGUUGGGAUACUAUCCCGCAGUCUUCGCGAGACCCACAACUCUAUGAAGCCUUGAAUGCGCUUUGGCAAGGGUAUAUGGCGGAGAUUUGGGCGGGUGGGCCGCCAGAGGCGAAGCUGCUCAAAGCCGAUUAUCAUGGUGCGCGUGUCACGGUCAUUCAAUCGUCUUGUCCAAGUCAUGUCUUCACGACUGGUAUUGUCAUCAAAGAGACACGCAAUACGUUUGUGAUUGGUACAGCAAGUGGUCGUGUCGUGACAAUCCCAAAGCGAGCGACGGUCUUUGAGUUUGAAACGCAACUGCCGAAUGCGAAAGCUGCGAAUCCGCCAAAAGAACCAGACACGUCGACCGUCAAGUGGCAAGUAUUUGGUGAGCAUUUCGGAUAUCGAGCCGCUGAACGUGUCUCGAAAAAGUUCAAAGGCCGCAGUACCAUUGAUUUUUGA